AUGAUAACAAGUAAUAAUGCAACGACGGAUAGUUCUGCUAGUACGACUACAACAUCUCAAUCAGUUCUUGAUAUGGUUGUGAUUAAAACAGUACCAGUCGAUCGGGUAUGGUUGAUGAGACACAUUGUUAUGUAUCCUCAUGAACCAUUUGAUUUCAUAAAGAUUGAUGGUGACGAUACUACUGCAUUACAUUAUGGUGUUUACAUUAAACAAAGUGGUCAAGAUAAUAAUAAUAAUAAUAAUGACGUCGUAGACAAAGAAGAAUCAUUACUACUAGUAUCAGUAGUAUCACUAUUUGUCAAUGGUCAAAAAGAUGAAGCACAAUUUAGAAAGUUUGCAACACUAGAACAACAUCAAUCACGUGGUUAUGGUACUAAACUACUAGGCUAUUUAAUUGAAAAGGUUAAAGAGAUGGGUAUAUCAAAACUAUGGUGUAGUGCAAGAGAAGCAAAGUCAUCAUUCUACACUAGGUUUGGUCUCAUUCAAGUUGGUCAACCAUAUACAAAGAAUAAUAUUAAAAUGAUUAGAAUGGAAAUGAUUAUUAACCAACAACAAUAA